AGCAGGAACCCGGAUUUCCGGUUGGCCGGGGGCUUUUGCUUUCCGGGUUCCUGGGUGGGCGUGAAUCGCUGACGGGCGAGUGUCCGCCGCUGCGGCCCGGGAGCGGGGCCAUGGAGAAGCUGCGGCGGGUCCUGAGCGGCCAGGACGACGAGGAGCAGGGCCUGACCUCGCAGGUCCUCGAAGGCUCCUCCCUGAGCUUCAACACCAGGCUGAAGUGGUUCGCCAUCUGCUUCGUGAGCGGCAUUUUCUUCUCCAUCCUGGGCACCGGGCUGCUGUGGCUUCCUGGCGGCAUAAAGCUCUUCGCAGUGUUCUACACCUUCGGGAACAUCGCUGCGCUGGCCAGCACGUGCUUUCUGAUGGGGCCCAUGAAGCAGCUGAAGAAAAUGUUCGAGAGCACUCGGUGGCUCGCCACGGUCGUCAUGAUCCUGUGUUUCGUGUUCACCCUGUGUGCUGCUCUCUGGUGGCAUAAGAAGGGGCUGGCCUUGCUGUUCUGCAUCCUGCAGUUCCUGUCCAUGACCUGGUACAGCCUGUCCUACAUCCCCUACGCAAGGGACGCGGUCAUGAAAUGCUGCUCCUCCUUACUGAGUUGAAGGUCAGAAACUGGUCAGAAGGAGCGUCCGAAAGUUGCUGUUCGGGUUUGGUGAAGCGUGUUUUUCCCCCAGACGGCGCUCAGUCCCCGGCCCGCCGCGGUGACGGUGAGGGCCGAGCUCUACACCGGUGAAACUCCAUGUGUGAUUAAACUGUCGAAUGCUUGUAACCGUGUGUCAUUAUGUGUCAUUAACGUCUCUUCCAAAGACAAGGAGGUCGUAAUCAUUGCCGGUCUGAAUGAUGUUUAGCCAGUUUUUUAAUCUUUUCUAAACAGCAUUUGAGAUGUGAGUAUUUAAAGAGAAUCUAUGUUGCCUGGUAUGUGUUCACCCUUUUUGGUUCUUUUAAAAUGUCUAGAUUUUUAAAAAUAUUUUUUAAAAAACUUUAAAUGUGAAAGUUUUUACUUUAAACUAAAAGUUGCUUAUUAUAUGUAAUAAAAAUAAU